AUGUCCUCAAACCGAAAUUGGAAUACCGGCAAUUUUGCCUUCCCUCCCCACGACCAAGCUCAGAAAAUGGCCAGCAAGGGUGGCCAGCAGAGUAACCAACAGAGUAGCCAGGGAAUAUUUGCAAACAUGGACCCAUCCAAGCAGCGGACCAACGCCCCCAAGAGUGGUCUUUCCGGAGGCGGAUUCACGGCUAGUAGCCAGACGGCGCAGGAUAGUCAACGACGGGGAUCGAGACAGGCGUAUAUGUUUGAUGAGUCGGAGGUGCCAGAGGAGUAA